GUCUGGAAACCGCGUCACUUCGGUGAAAUCGUUAGCUGUCAUUCGUCCAAGCCAGCCAGUGUGAUCGUGGCGCUGGCGGAGUGGAGGAACGAAUAGGAAAUGUAAAUGAUCGUUUUAAACGCAGAAUCAUCUCCAGAGAAUUGUACCAAUGCUCAAACACGCGGAUGUGUCUUGUUUUAAGAGGCUUGGACGUUAGAGGGAAAUCAGUUUUAUAACUAACCAUCUCGUCCUGUUGCUUUUAUUGUAAGAUUUGCUCUCUGGCGCCUCCCCCUGGCCAUGCUGUGUUUGUGCGCUGCGCUGCUGGUUUUGGCUGCUCCGGCCCUGUCCUCCUCUGCAGACCCGGAGACACACAGGCCCAGACAUGACUCUAACCUGGAGAUCUACAAGCGUCUGUUGGAGACGAAGCGGAAGGACCAGCUGAAUGCGCUGAAGAACCUGGUGGAGCUCAAUGACAUUAACCAGCAGCACAAGAUCAUUGACAUCAUGCUGAAGGGACUUUUUAAGGUGCUGGAGGACUCCAGAGCGGUUCUCACUGCAGCCAACCUGCAGCCCGAUGACCCUUUCCCCCGGGACGACAAAAUCAAAGAAGCGUACUCCCAUGUGAUAGAGAACACGGCGUUCUUCGGCGACGUGGCCCUGCGCUUCCCGCGCAUCGUGCAUCACUACUACGACCGCAACGCCGACUGGGGGGCCCUGCUGCGCUGGGGGCUGCGCUUCUGCAACCUGACGGGCGUCUUCGCCGGGGGCGCCCACCAGCACGUCCUCACGCUGAUGUCCCAGGAGUUGGGAAUAACGGAGAAAUCGCCCGACUUCAUCAACCCGUACCGCACUGAGCGAGACGACGUGCUGCACACUGUAGAAGCCUUCCAGAAAGUCCUGAGGGAAGAAGAGAAGAGGAGGAGGAAGGAGGAGAAGAGGAAAGAGAUCAGGAAGGGCCCGCGCAUAUCCCGCUCUCGCACCGAGCUCUAGCGCCCUGACGCUCGGGGGGGGGGGUCCAGGAGCGGGAGGGGCAGGGGGGCAGCUGGGGAAAGAAGAUUGGGUCCGCUUGUGAUGCUCUGUACCCCAAGUCCUGUGGUGAACCAGGGGAUUGUGGGAUAUGGAGGAAUAAGUGUGGCAGUAGGGGAUUGUGGGAUAUGGAGAAGUAAGGUUGGCAGCAGCAGUGGGCUUUGAAACAUGAGAGAACGGCUAUGAGAAAUGGGAGAGUGAGGGACAGCAGCAGCAUUCUGGAUGGGGCAGGAGGGAAGGGGAAGGAACAUGGGUCUGAGAGUCACAGGAAGCCUCUUCAGUCUGGUCCUUUCAGGUUUGAGGUCAUGUCCUUGUUGGGGGGGGGUUAGGGUUAGGGUUGGGUGGGGCAUAAAAUACAGAGAACCAGGUUGAAGCAGAAAGAGAGCAAAUAUACAAGUAUGACUGUGUUGUAUUUUUCUGUGGUAGAUACACAAAAAACACAAAGUUUGGCCAGAGAGUCUGACCGAGACUAGUUUUCUAUUAGUUUGGGGGUGUACUUCUCUUGAUUUUAAAAACAAACAGAAAAGCAAUUAUAUGGUUUGUUAAAUUGUAACUAGACUUAAUACUUUUUUUGUUCAUGAUACAGGUUGAGUGCUUCUCUUAAGUUUUAGGCUCUUCAGUUUGUGUACAAACGGUACGUGAAGCUGUCCUCUUUAUUUCCAUCAUUGUGGGUUUUUUUUUGUCUUCUUUCCUUUUUAAUUCUGUUACUUUCAUGCUUGUAUCGUCUGGUCUUAUCAGAAAUGUUUUCAGAUUAUAUAACCCCAUUUUAUACUGUGCAUUUUAUUAUUUUGCCCACAACUUUCACUGAUGCUGACCUUAGAUCAGCCCUAAGCCACCAAACUUUUUCACACGUUACUGGCUUCAGGCAUGCUGCACACUGAUCCAGGAUCUGUGUUUGGGAGCAAGGAGUGGAGCUGAGCAUUGGGUCUAUGCAGGUUCACAUGAUGGCCCUUGAUUUGGUCAUUUCUCUUCUGCUGUUGUUCUUAUGUUAUGAUUUAACAUCUUUUGAUAUUAUUACAGGUUUUGUGUUGUUUUUUCACAUAAUUAACUCUGUGAAUCAUAAAUUCUGUAUAUACUGUAUACUGUACAGCCCAAUUAUUGCUACAUAUUAUUUAGGAUAGGAUUAAAUGGGUAUAAAGCCCGCUAAUUACAUACCUGGUGCUACAUUACCAGCAUUUAAAUCUUUAAGCAGGCAAAAUGGUAGCACAGUGCUUAGAGUUCAGUUAUCAGUGGGUCUGGAUUUGUGUGGAGUUCAUUUGUGACACUCAUUGCUCAGGUUGUGUUUGCAAUAUGUUUUUAUUUUGUUUGUUUUGAAUUGUGUGCGCUUUUUAUUAUUAUUAUUAUUAUUAUUAUUAUUAUUAUUAUUUGGAACUAUUCAUAGGGACUUUUAUGGAUUACUAAAACAAACAUUCUAUCAGCAGAGUAAGUCAGGGUUGAUAAAAAAACGAUUACCACGUGGAUAUGUUUUGUAAAUUUGACUGUUAUAUAAAUACAUUGAAUAAAUAUGUAUAUUUGUGGAGUGUCCUGUUACUUAAUAGCAGGGAAAAUAUAUAUUAAUAAAUCUUUAAUGAUAUUAUGAUGAA